CAAACUGGCAGUUUGUUUUAGCCAACCAACAGUAACUAGCUCUACAGCAGUCGAUACAGUUCGUUAUGACAGGUUGUAAGGUGAUAGUAACUAUCUCUAUAUAGUGAUUGAAGAAUGAAAAUGAUGACCGUUUUGCACUUCUACGAGUGAUUUCACGUCUUGGUUAGUAACGGUUCACCGCGAGUAACUGCUACAACUGUAACCGUCUUAAACUGGUUUUGACUACAGUUGCCUAGGUCGUUAGUGGCUAUCCUAAAUAUGUUUGUAUAUAACUAGAACUGUUCGAUUCGACCAUGGUGGAGGUUUUUGUUGGGAAAACUCUGCUCAAUAAAGAAGGGGAUCUUAUUGAUUCAGAGGAAACUCUCAGGAAUAAAGUAGUAGGAAUAUAUUUUUCUGCCGGCUGGUGCCCGCCUUGUCGAGAUUUCACCCCUUGUCUAUGCGAUUUUUACACGGAACUUGUCGAGGAGAGCGAGCCACCUGCACAGUUCGAAAUAGUUUUCAUAUCUUCUGACAAGUCAAGUGAUGAUAUGGUGGAAUAUUAUCAUGACAUGCACGGAGACUGGCUGGCCCUGCCAUGGACGGAUCAAUACAAACAUGAUCUCAAGAACAGGUACAAAAUCACAGCAGUCCCCAAGCUGGUGAUUGUGAAGGAGAAUGGAGAUGUGAUCACAGACAAAGGCAGAAAACAGAUCCGGGACCAGGGCCUGGCCUGCUUCAGGAGCCGGCUUGAGGUGGCCGAAGUCUUCCAGAACUUUAAAGCUUCCUAGACAUUCUAAAAUACAUCAUUCUACAUUCUAGAGCACCUUCCUGCUCCUAACCCAUAGACUGUUCUUUUCUAGCUGUCUAUUCUAAACUUCUGCACUACAAUGCAAUAUUGUCUAUAUUCUAAACUUCUACACUACAAUGCAAUACUGUCUAUAUUCUAAACUUCUACACUACAAUGUAAUACUGUCUAUAUUCUAAACUUCUGCACUACAAUGUAAUACUGUCUAUAUUCUAAACUUCUAUACUACAAUGUAAUACUGUCCAUAUUCUAAACUUCUACACCAAAAUGUAAUACUGUCUAUAUUCUAAACUUCUACACCAAAAUGUAAUACUGUCUAUAUUCUAAACUUCUACACUACAAUGUAAUACUGUCUAUAUUCUAAACUUCUACACUACAAUGUAAUACUGUCUAUAUUCUAAACUUCUACACUACAAUGUAAUACUGUUUAUAUUCUUACCUUCUCCACUACAAUGUAAUAAUAUCUAUAUUCUAAACUUCUACACUACAAUGACAAUAUGUCUUUUUUUCUAAUGAAUAGACAUGAGUGGCUUAUAUUUUCAGAAUACAUAUUUUGAGGUGUUUGGACAUUUUUUAUAUUUAGUUUUAUAUGACUUAAAAUGCACAAUAAUGAUUAAAUCCUUUGCUGUCUGUUUACA